UCAACACUCAUUAGAAGAUCGCUGCCAACCAUGGCUUCGUUGGUGGCUUUCCUAUCCUGUGCGGCUUUAGCGAGUGUCGCCAGCUGCAAUUCGAAAGUUAAUAGCCGUUAUUGUUACCAGUCGCCUAACAGUAAUGUUUCAAUUUAUAAUUUCACUUUACCGAAUUUAUUCGAGACGAAAAAUAUCAGUUUAUCAGACUUUAGUGGUCGAGUAGUUCUAAUCGUUAACGUGGCCACUUACUGAGGCUUUACUUGGCACUAUACUCAACUGAAUGCACUACAAAAUGUUUAUAACGAAUUGACUGUCCUCGGCUUUCCUUGUAAUCAAUUUGGAAAGCAAGAACCGGGAGGAGACGGAAAGGAAAUCUGGAAUGGCGUAAAGUACGUCCGACCUGGUAACGAAUUUACACCUAAUUUUCAUCUGUUCAAGAAGAUAGAAGUUAACGGCAUCGGAGAGCAUCCUCUCUAUACUUAUCUAAAGUCUCUUUGCCCUCCGACUCGAGAAACUUUUGCUAAUCAAACGAAAUUAUUUUAUACCCCUAUGAGCAUCAGAGAUAUUCGUUGGAACUUCGAAAAAUUCCUUAUAAAUCGACAAGGUAAACCCGUUAUGCGUUACGAUCCGAGCGUUCAGCCUCAGAUGAUAGCUAAAGACAUCGAACAUUUACUCUUAUCCAAUUCUGCGUAAAUCUUAAUUAACCAGUAAGAUAUUUCUUUCUUCCUAUUAUGACGAGUAAAUCAGCACCUGUCUAUUGACAGUUGAUUUAUUUUGAUGUGUACGUAUCUCAGUUAAGUUUUGUGCAUUCGACUGGAUUGAGAAAUGUACAUCGUGGAAGACAACUUCUAAAAAUUCCUCUAUACUUUUUCACGUGUUCUGAUAACAAAUUGUAAAUUUGACUACAUUUAUUAUGGGAUAUCGACUAUCAUUCAAUCUGUUUUUGUAAAUUAUAACUUUAUAAAUAAACUUUAAAAGACGGGA